AGGAAGGAUGGCGUUUUCACAGUGUCGUAUCACAACCGUGACACAAUUAUACGCCUUGGUCCGUACAUGAUAGGAAUCCUGCUAGGAUAUCUACUCCUACAGACCAACCGUACAGUGCCCAAUACCCGUAAGACAAAGGUGCUCAUGUUACUCGGUUGGAUGGUUAGCUGUGCUGUGUGCAUCCUCCUCACAAUCCCCAAGUACACCUUCGCUACCUACGGCAUGGUCCUGCAGUCCGUGGGCUCGGCUAAAGUCAGAACCGCCACUUUUGACAACCCGGGUUGGAUGGCAUUUUACCGCAGCCUGUUCGCCACCAGUGUGGCCUGGCUUGUGUACGCCUGUAGCGUCGGAUAUGGAGGUCUCGUGACGGAGUUCCUGUCCUGGAGAGGCUGGGCUCCCCUGAGUCGCCUGAGCUAUGCCGCCUACCUCGUACAUCCCAUAAUACUCCACGCCUACACCAUGUCCCAGAAGACACUUCUCUUCUUUUCUGUGGCAAACUGGUGUGUUACCGCCUUUGGUAUCAUCGUGGUGACGUUUGUCUCUGCCUCUGCUGCUUCGCUCAUGGUGGAGAUGCCAUGCAUGGAACUAGAACAGCUCAUUCUUGGCAGGGGGAGACAGGGUGGGUCUAAACACAAACCAGUGAAGGAACAGAACGAUACAGGUGAGAAAGGAAUCUGUUGUAUAAUGUCACUAUAGGAUUACAU